AUGGGUUCGAUUACGGUCGAGGCUGUUGAGCCGGUGACCUAUCGUUUGAAGGCGGAAGCCGAGCCUCAAGAACUCACUUAUGGGUUUCUGAGAGAGAAAAUCCCCGCUCAUUGUUUUGAGCGUUCUCUCACGACUUCGUUUGCGUAUCUGCUUCGGGAUUGCGUUUAUGCCUCCGCUCUUGUGUGGGCUGCAUUGAAGAUUGACCUGUUGCCCUCGCCAGCAAUGCGAGCUUGUGCUUGGGUACUCUAUACCUUCUUCCAAGGCUGCGUGGGAACUGGCUUAUGGAUCAUUGGCCACGAAUGUGGCCACGGCGCCUUCUCUGCCUUCCCCUUGCUCAACGAUAUUGUUGGCUGGGCUGUGCAUUCGGCUCUUAUGGUGCCUUAUUUCUCGUGGAAGAUUACUCAUGCCAGACACCACCGCUACCACAACAACAUUGAAAAAGACACCGUAUUUGUUCCUCCGACUGAGGCUGAGAAAGAGGUUCAAAACCAACAACCCAGUCUGCUCGGAAAGAUUCAAGAGCUGGUUGAGGAGACCCCGUUCUACAACUCUAUCACCCUUCUUGGUCACCAGAUCUUUGGCUGGCAGUUGUACCUGCUUUUCAAUGUUAGCGCUGGUACCAAGAGUCUCCCUGCUAAAGACACCGCGCCAAAGAAGUUCCGAAACAGCCACUUCGAUCCUUUGGGCUCCCUCUUCACGAACGCUCAGACCCCUCUCAUUGCGAUCACUGACUUGGGCCUCCUGAUUGUUGGAAGUGCUCUGUAUUUCUUUGCUACCAAAAUUGGUGUCUGGAAGGUGGUUUUACUUUACGUUGUGCCAUAUUUCUGGGUCCACCACUGGCUAGUUGCUAUCACUUACCUCCAUCAUACCCACCCGUCUGUGCCGCAUUAUGAUGCCAAGACCUGGACAUUCGUCAAGGGUGCCCUUUCCACCGUUGAUAGACGGUUCGGGUUUAUUGGACGCCACUUUUUUCAUGAAAUCAUCGAUUAUCAUGUUGUCCACCACUUGUUCCCCAGAAUUCCAUUCUAUCAUGCCGAGGAGGCCACAAACGCCAUUGUUCCUUUCCUUGGCAAACAAUAUCAUCUCGAUGAGGGAAUGUUCCUGAAGUCUCUGGUUGAUACUUUCAGCACUUGCAAAGUUGUCUCUGAUGUCAACUCCGAUGGAGUUUUGCACUGGAAGCUUCCCCAGGAAACUUCUAAGAAGCAGAACUAG